AUGGCAGAAGCUGCCCUUGAGCUUGAAUGGCAGAACCUCCCAGAGAGUCAGGAAUGGCGAUGCGUUCUCUAUGGCCAUUUUCUGUCACUAAAGCAGGACUCAAAUUUCUUGUAUUAUAGAUCUGUGAAAACUCCUUCCCAAACAUUCACAACAACCUCCGACAAUGACCAUCUCGUCCGCAUUAUCAAACAUUACUUCAACCUGACGCCAAAUUUGACCGAACUCUACUCCCAAUGGUCAUCGCAAGACCCCAACUUCAAGAAAAAGGCUGCCCAGUUCACUGGGAUCAGGAUCCUUCGACAAGAUGCAUGGGAAGCGCUGGUAUCAUUUAUCUGCAGCAGCAACAAUAAUAUUGCACGGAUCUCGCAAAUGGUGGAAAAAUUAUGCAUACAUUAUGGAAAGCCUGUGGCCACGAUUGAAGGGCGGGCAUAUCAUGAUUUUCCUCCCCCAGGCACAUUAACUGGCAAGGACGUGGAAACCAAUCUGCGCAAGUUAGGGUUUGGAUACCGGGCUAAGUACAUAUACCAAACUGCUGUUAUGGUAUCAAACCGAGACAAAGGCUGGCUAGACAGUUUGAGCAACCCCGAGUGUCCAGCAUUUGGCGUGGAUCCUAGUCCCAGUGGUGAAAUGAAACCAGAAGGGAGAGAGGGAUAUCGGGAGGCCCAUGAAAAGCUUCUUGAGCUACAGGGAGUCGGGCCCAAAGUGUCAGACUGUGUCAGUUUAAUGGGGUUAGGCUGGGGAGAGUCUGUGCCGGUUGAUACCCAUGUGUGGCAAAUCGCACAGCGAGACUAUCGAUUUGGAAAAAGCUCCAAUAAGAACUUGAACAAGACGACCUAUGAUGCUGUUGCCAAUCACUUCCGCAAGCUUUGGGGCAAGGAAGCUGGAUGGGCUCAUAGUGUUCUUUUUACUGCAGACUUGCGGACCUUUGCAGACAAACUUGCUGCAACCAAGAAGGUUGACGUGAAAGUGAAAGUGAAAGACGAAGAGUCUGACGUCAAAUUCGAAGCGAAAGUGACCACUGAUCUCUCUCUGGAGGUUCCUAAGGAGGAGGACGUUGAUGUAAAAGUCAAGGUCGAGGACAUAGAUGAUGCCAAGAAGCCCAGCGGCAAGAAGCGAAAGGGAGCCGAGAACAUUGUUACUGCAGCUCAAACGACAGAGACAAGGAGAGUAUCCAAGCGACUUAGGCGCUGA